CUUGCGGAAGUCCAUGCGCCAUUGGGAGAGCCACGGCCGCUGCUCUGUGCCCUUGUUGCCCAGCGCCUUAACCUGGGUCCUUCCCGGACCGGAGCGGGACUGGGGCUGACAGCAGGGCUCCCGCGUGGCCCUCCCGGCGCCUGUGUGACCUUCCCGCUGGUGGGAUGUGGCGACUACGGCGGGCCGCCGUGGCCUGUGAGGUCUGCCAAUCCUUAGUGAAGCAUAGCUCUGGAAUAAAAGGAAGUUUACCACUACAAAAACUGCAUUUGGUUUCACGAAGUAUUUAUCAUUCGCAUCAUCCUACCUUAAAGCUUCAAAGACCCCAGUUAAGGACAUCAUUUCAGCUGUUCUCCACUCUAACUAACCUUCCUUUACGUAAAUUGAAGCUUUCUCCAGUUAAAUAUGGCUACCAGCCUCACAGGAAUUUUUGGCCAGCGAGAUUAGCUGCAAGGCUCUUAAAACUUCGAUAUAUCAUCCUAGGAUCUGCUGUUGGGGGUGGCUAUACAGCCAAAAAGACUUUUGAUCAGUGGAAAGAUAUGAUACCUGACCUUAGUGACUAUAAAUGGAUCGUGCCUGACAUUGUAUGGGAGAUCGAUGACUAUAUCGAUUUUGAGAAAAUUAGAAAUGCCCUUCCUAAUUCAGAAGACCUUGCAAAGUUGGCCCCAGACUUUGACAAGAUUGUUGAGAGCUUCAGCUUACUGAAGGACUUUUUCACCACAGGUCACAAAUUGGUUAGUGAAAUCAUAGGAGCUUCUGACCUACUUCUCUUGUUAGGUUCACCUGAAGAAACGGCAUUUAGAGCAACAGAUCAUGGAUCUGAAGGUGACAAGCCCUAUAGAAAGGGUCUGCUUGGUGAGCUCAUUCUCUUACAACAGCAAAUCCAAGAGCAUGAAGAGGAAGCACGCAGAGCCAGCGGCCAGUAUAACACGAGCUAUGCCCAACAGAAGCGAAAGGUUUCAGACAAAGAGAAGAUUGACCAACUUCAAGAAGAACUUCUGCGUACUCAGUUGAAGUACCAGAGAAUCUUGGAACGGUUAGAAAAGGAGAACAAAGAAUUGAGAAAGUUGGUAUUACAAAAGGAUGACAAAGGCAUCCAUCACAGUAAGCUUAAGAAAUCUUUGAUUGACAUGUAUUCUGAAGUUCUUGAUGUUCUCUCUGAUUAUGAUGCCAGUUACAAUACACAAGACCAUCUGCCACGAGUUGUUGUCGUUGGAGAUCAGAGUGCUGGGAAAACUAGCGUGUUGGAAAUGAUUGCCCAAGCUCGAAUAUUCCCUCGUGGCUCCGGCGAGAUGAUGACACGCUCUCCGGUUAAGGUAACUCUCAGUGAAGGUCCUCACCAUGUGGCCUUGUUCAAAGAUAGUUCUCGGGAAUUUGAUUUAACCAAAGAGGAAGAUCUUGCAGCAUUGAGACAUGAAAUAGAACUCCGAAUGAGAAAAAACGUGAAAGAAGGCUGUACCGUCAGUCCUGAGACCAUAUCCUUAAAUGUAAAAGGCCCUGGGCUACAGAGGAUGGUCCUUGUUGACUUACCUGGUGUGAUUAACACUGUGACAUCAGGCAUGGCUCCUGACACAAAGGAAACUAUUUUCAGUAUCAGCAAAGCAUAUAUGCAGAACCCUAAUGCCAUCAUCCUGUGCAUUCAAGACGGCUCUGUGGAUGCAGAACGCAGUAUCGUUACAGACUUGGUCAGCCAAAUGGAUCCUCAUGGAAGAAGGACGAUAUUUGUUUUGACCAAAGUAGACCUGGCAGAGAAAAAUGUGGCUAGUCCAAGCAGGAUUCAGCAAAUAAUUGAAGGAAAGCUCUUCCCAAUGAAAGCUCUAGGUUAUUUUGCUGUUGUAACAGGAAAAGGAAACAGCUCUGAAAACAUUGAAGCUAUAAGAGAAUAUGAAGAAGAAUUUUUCCAGAAUUCAAAACUCUUAAAAACAAGCAUGCUAAAGGCACACCAGGUGACUACAAGAAAUUUAAGCCUUGCUGUCUCAGAUUGCUUUUGGAAAAUGGUACGAGAGUCGGUUGAACAGCAGGCUGAUAGUUUCAAAGCAACACGUUUUAACCUUGAAACUGAGUGGAAGAAUAACUACCCUCGCCUGCGAGAACUUGACCGGAAUGAACUGUUUGAAAAAGCUAAAAAUGAAAUCCUUGAUGAAGUCAUCAGUCUGAGCCAGGUUACACCAAAACACUGGGAGGAAAUCCUUCAGCAGUCCUUGUGGGAGAGAGUGUCAACUCAUGUGAUUGAGAACAUCUAUCUCCCAGCUGCACAGACGCUGAACUCAGGAACGUUUAAUACUACAGUGGACAUCAAGCUCAAACAGUGGACUGAUAAACAGCUCCCUAAUAAAGCAGUAGAGGUUGCUUGGGAGACCCUACAAGAAGAAUUUUCCCGCUUCAUGACAGAACCAAAAGGAAAAGAACAUGAUGACAUAUUUGAUAAACUUAAAGAGGCUGUUAAGGAAGAAAGUAUUAAACGCCACAAGUGGAAUGACUUUGCAGAAGACAGCUUGAGAGUUAUUCAACACAAUGCUUUAGAAGACCGGUCCAUAUCUGAUAAACAGCAGUGGGAUGCAGCUAUUUAUUUCAUGGAAGAGGCUCUUCAGGCUCGUCUCAAGGAUACUGAAAGUGCAAUUGAAAACAUGGUGGGUCCGGAUUGGAAAAAGAGGUGGCUAUACUGGAAGAAUCGGACCCAAGAACAGUGUGUUCACAAUGAAACCAAGAAUGAACUGGAGAAGAUGUUGAAGUGUAAUGAGGAGCACCCAGCUUACCUUGCAAGUGACGAGAUAACCACAGUCCGAAAGAACCUUGAAUCCCGAGGAGUAGAAGUAGACCCAAGUCUGAUUAAGGAUACUUGGCACCAAGUUUAUAGAAGACAUUUCUUAAAAACAGCUCUAAAUCAUUGUAACCUUUGUCGAAGAGGCUUUUAUUACUACCAGAGGCAUUUUAUAGAUUCUGAGUUGGAAUGCAAUGAUGUGGUCCUGUUUUGGCGAAUACAGCGCAUGCUUGCUAUCACCGCAAAUACUUUAAGACAGCAACUUACAAACACUGAAGUCAGACGAUUGGAGAAAAAUGUGAAAGAAGUAUUGGAAGAUUUUGCUGAAGAUAGCCAAAAGAAGAUUAAAUUGCUUACUGGUAAACGAGUUCAGCUGGCUGAAGACCUCAAGAAAGUUAGAGAAAUUCAAGAAAAACUUGAUGCUUUCAUUGAAGCCCUGCAUAAGGAGAAAUAAAUUGUAUUAUAAUUUCACUCAUAACUGGCUCCGCAUAUGUAUGAAGAAAGAAAAUUCCUCCCAAGUCCUUUGUCCUGCCUCUUGUUUUUCUGCUGUUCCACUCGCCUUUCUAAACAUACAAUAAAGUCAUGGGAUAAAAAUCAUGUGUGCGUGCUAGAGACGCCUUAACCACCAGCUGGCCUUUGAAUGGAAGAGCAGUGGAAAUGGCAUUCACAGCCUGCUUUAUUGUAUUGAAGUGACAAAUCAGGAUAAUAUAAGUGCUAUGGCCAUUACGUUUGGUGCCCAAAAUGAGAGACUUACUCUCCUGCUUGCUGUCUCGUUCAUGGUGGCGGCACUUAGUACAGCUCACUCAUUAACUGAUAUUACCUGAUGUCAGUUUCUUUUCCAGAAAAAUAAUGCUACGUGUUGUGAAAUAAAACUUAACAUUUUUUUUUAAGUUAUCAGUUGUAUAUAAAAUGAUGAUAACCUGCUAAGUUGUUGUCUGUAUCUGUAAUGUUCUGUACCUAGGAGCUAUUCAGCUGUGAUAAUUCAGUUUAUAUUCACCACGUGAAAUAAAACUGGUUAAUGGAAGAACCUCUCAAACAGGCUAAUUUGAUGGUAAUAUUCAGUCCUAGAGAUUUCAACCCUCCACUGACAGCUGCAAAGCUAAGUUGGUAGCAGUUUACUGGUGUGUUUCAGUUGAUGAUUUUGUACUUUCUGUAUCCAUUUGAAAUCAGUUUAUUUUGGGUGUUGUAUACUUGAGUUAGACUUUCUGUUAACAGUGGUUUUUUUUUUGUUUUGUUUUGUUUUUUAUUGUUUUUCUGUUGACAGAGCCAUUGGACUAUGGCCCAGGAUGGGGAAGAUUAGGAUAAUCAAUUCAUUCAUUUUAUUUAGACUAUUCUCAUUCAUUUGAGCUUGGCCAUCAGGAGAAGGCUUUCUUUCCUAAGACUUUAUUUUAAAUAGACGUGAUUUCAACAGUUAGAAUAAUGUUAAACGUCCUCUCUUAGCUAAGUGUUUAAAGAAAAAUUUUAAAGUUUAAUUCAUUGAAGUUCAAUUAUAUGAAUACCCUCACAUCAUUUUCAUGUAUUUUAUAUAAAUUUUUUUUUUUAUUGGCUAAAGGACUUUAAAGCAAAGAGAUACACCAUUUUGACUUAAAAUGUUUUUCUCGUUGAGCUCUGCUCUAUGAGCCUUUUCAUACAGCACUGGGGUAUUAUAAUAAAAUUGGCCAUCAUGUGACAGUUUUUAUUUUACAAUUUACUGCAUACUCCUUUUCUUGGAGUUGUUUUUGGUAACAGUUCCCUUGCACCCCCCCGCCCUUUUUUUUUUUUUUUUUUUAAUAAACAUCAAUACAUUCUUUAUUGUCAUUUCUUAAGGUCUGGCGCUCAGUAUACAAAGUUGAAGGACAUCCCAAAAUAUUUCAGAAGUUGACAGUUCACUCCAACUGAGUAAAUACUUGUUUUAUGCUGUUUAGUAAAAGUGGAUCCACUUGUAAGCAACUAACAGCAGUAUACGCUGUCACCUGGUAGAUAGCGCCUAGUCGGGAACAUUUUGUGCCGCUUUUAUGCCUGAGGACAGUAGUGAACAGAAAGGGAGCAGAGCUCCCUAAAGCUCGGCAGGAAGAUUAGGACAUGACUCACCAGUUAAAAAAUCCCUCACCAGUGAGUUGGAACUGACUUGACAGCAACGGGUAGACAGACAGUUUACCCACAGGUCAACCCCCUCACAGAAGCAGACAACAUGUAACGUUAAUGAGUUCUUUUUUGCGGUUGUAAAACACAACCACUUUACAACUGCACAUCUAUGUCUAGAGAAGAAAGAACAUAGGACCAUAUUUAUUUCUGUGAGCUAUGGCCUAGAAAAAAUCACCUCAGCUGUACAGUUGUACGGAUUGCUCUCAAGCAAAAGGCUAAUGACGGAAGUUGGUACUUUGAGCACGUCGCUUUGUACAAAAAGGUUUCAAGGGGGAGAAUCUUCAUUUCUUUGAAGAGAUCAGAAUUGUAAUUUAAAUAUAUAAAUAAAUUACAUAGAUUAAUAUUAUUAAAAAUUUCAUUGAGCCCAGAUUCCUCCCCUCCAAGUAACAUAGCUUCUUGCAGGGAUUAUAUAUAUAUAUAUUCUUUCUUUGUAGCUGAUCUCGUAUUAAGCAUACUUUUUUUUUUUUUUGAAAGCUAGGUAUUUAUUAAAUGCAGAUGACAUUGAAAGAAAAAAUAAAAUCCCAAUUGUCAACACUAACCCCGUGUGUGGUGCCUGUAGUUCCAAAAUUAGAAGUGAUCUAAAUUUAAAUCACAAAGGCCAUUUCAGAUACUCAAUAUACAGAAGUUAAAUUCUAACUAGAACAGGAAUCAUGUUUUUCUAUUUGCAAAGAAUGGAGUGAGCACAGCUCGGUAUUGUAAAUAGAUGAUGUCCAACAUUUCUUGAUCAGAGUAUCAGUUGAAAAAAUCAGAAUAUGGAGGUAGGGCAUAAACGACCGGAAACUACUACUUUUGUUACAGGUGGGGCAAACAGCCUUUCUCAGUAGCUUUAGUUUUAUUCUUUCUUCUUUGUAUUACUCCGGUUUUCCAGGCUUUAAGCCAACAGCCUCCUUCGCACAAAUAAUGUAGCCUCCAAGAUGCAAAUGAGCAGCGUAAGCCCAAGCAGGGAACAUUGUCCGAUGGUGCUUUCUAACCUCACAACUUGGGAGUUUUACCCGUGAUGACAAGAUCCGGAGUGUAGGUUUAAAAGGUUAACCACUUAACUAGUUAAUAAUUUUAGAUGUAUGUUGGGUGUGUUUAUCUGUGAAAAGAGAUGUGUGUUAGUUUUCCAAUAAAGGGGAUCCAAGCAGUGGUUUUUAUCUCAUUUCUCUAAGCUGGUAUGGACUAUGGUUUAGCAGGACAAAAAUGUGCUUUAAAAUACGCUUUCGUUUCGAACAGUCAUCGUCACUGUGUGUUAUUUAAAUAUUUAAAGCUUGUUUUCACUUGUGCGCUGUGAAUGAACUUUGUAUCAUUUUUUAAAACCUUCCUACUCCCUGCAGAUGUUAUUGCAACUUCUAUUUUGCUUGUGCUUGAUCUAAGGUCGUUUGUCUAGAUGAAUAAUUAAAAACUAUUUAAACCCCA